UUAUCAUUUAGUUAUCAAAUUCAUACACAUGUGAUAGUGUCUGUGAGAGGCAUGCUUCACCCACCAAAUAUGAACUAAAAAAAAUGAAUGAAAUGGAAAGUUAGGAAUAAAUGUGAACCUCAAUUAGUGGCAAGCUUCAUGAUACACACAAAUUCAAUUCAAUUCAUCGUCCAUGGCUUCCUCCAUUGGAGCCAUUCGUUAAGCUUUUCUCUCUCUACAUCCAAUCAUAUAUAUAUUUGGAAAUUCCCACUCUGUAAAACUCCGAAUCCCCCAAAUCCCCUGAGUUCCUCGAAAUGUUUCCCUUCUCCUUCCCGUUCAUCCUCAAUCCUCCCGUUUCAAUUCGCCUCUGAAAUCUGUCUUCUUCUCGAUUGAUUGAUUCGAUUCGAUUCGAUUGUUCUAAUUCGCAGCAGAUCAGAAUCAACCAUGGGAUUCAGAUCUCUGUUCUACCGCAAAAAGAAGUCGUACGCCUCCAUCAAAUCUCCGAUCGUCGUCUCCACCGCCUCCGCCAG